GUUUCAACACCAGCAAGUGACAAUAGCAGCAUACAUCAUAAAUAUAAUUGAAAAAAAAUGGAGAUGGCACGAGCAAGAGGUGCGGCGGCUAGAGACGACAGCGAUUCCAGACGGCGGCAGGCUUACAGGCGACGGCAGGCUUACAGGCGACGGCAGGUUAAGGAUGGGUCCGAUAAUCUGGUUCCAGGGAAGGCAUUUUUCGUCAACAAUUUUCCAGAGACAUGUUGCGCAAAGGAUUUAUGGUAUCAUUUCCAGAAGUAUGGGCGUGUAAUGGAUGUCUCUGUGCUUGGGAGAAGAGAUAAGUGGGGGAAACGGUUUGGGUUUGUACGCAUGAUCGGAGUGCGGUCUGAACAGGAAAUGGAGAGGAAGCUUAAUGAUCUCUGGAUUGGGUCAUAUAAGGUUCGGGUUAAAGUUGCAGAGGCUAGGAGGAGGCAGAUCUCAAGAGUUAGAAGGGCACCGAGGGUCUUAGAGGAAAGAAAACCAGAGCACCGAAUGGAUAGACUUGUUCAACCUGGUCAUUCAUAUGUGCAAGCAGUAGUGGGGAUUCGUCCACAGAUUAGGGAGUCUCCUAGUAGUGCAGGGGCAUCGCAUGAGAAGGUAGGGCAAAUUAUGGAGAACGAGGCAGUUGGAUCUUCAGUGAAGGAUGCUGUAGGUCACGGGAUGGUGGAGAACAUUACUGGGCAGUCUAAGGAAGAGGAUAUUGAAUUUGCACCACUGAAGGAGGAGACCAAAUGACUUGAAGGAAGUAUGGUUGCUGAGGUGAAAUCAUUAACAUUGAUAUCUACCAUUCAAGCAAGAUUAGAUGUGGAUGGAGGGGUGAUUACUUUAUUACCAUUGGGAGGGCGAAGGGUGCUAUUAACUGAACAAGUGACAGGUUGCUUAGUUGAUUAUACAAAGCAAAAUAAAGACUUGUUUGAUUU